UUUUUUUUUAAAUAUAUUUAAUUCAUGAAAAAUUAUAGUAUUUGAUUGGUAGGGUAAUAAACUAAUAAUCAAAUAAGCGAGCGCAUUUCAGGGAUUAGAGUUUUGUUUUGAUUUCAAUAAAACCCAAAGUGCUGCUACUGUUUGAAGAAGAAGAAGGAGGAGGAUGAAGAUAGCAGUGGAAGGGUGCAUGCAUGGCGAACUCGACAAUGUCUACAAAACCCUCAAGCAUCUCGAGGAAACCCAAAACAUCAAAAUCGAUCUCCUCCUCUGCUGCGGAGAUUUCCAGGCUGUUAGGAAUGAGCAAGAUUUGAAAAGCAUGAACGUUCCCCCGAAAUUCCGAUCCAUGAAUUCCUUCUGGAAGUACUAUUCUGGCUUGGAGGUUGCUCCUUAUCCUACCAUCUUCAUCGGUGGCAACCAUGAAGCCUCCAAUUACUUGUGGGAAAUGUAUUAUGGAGGAUGGGCUGCACCUAAUAUAUAUUUCUUGGGAGUUGCUGGGGUAAUCAAGUUUGGGAAUGUUCGAAUUGGUGGGCUUUCCGGAAUUUAUAAUGCUCGCCACUAUAAAUCAGGACACUUUGAGAGACCUCCCUAUGAUCAGAGCACCAUCAGGUCUGUGUAUCAUGUUCGAGAAUACGAUGUUCACAAACUCAUGCAAAUUGAGGAACCGAUUGAUAUCUUUCUUUCUCAUGAUUGGCCCGUGAGAAUCACUGAUUGUGGGGAUUGGAGGGAGCUUGUACGGCGAAAGCCCUUUUUUAAGCAGGAGAUUGAGGAAGGAAGACUUGGGAGUAAAGCUGCUUCUCAACUUCUAGGUAAACUGAAACCACAAUAUUGGUUUUCUGCUCAUUUACAUUGCAAGUUUGCUGCUCUUGUUCAGCACGGGGAAGGAGGUCCGCUGACAAAAUUCCUUGCACUUGAUAAAUGUCUUCCUCGGCGCGACUUCUUGCAGAUAGUGGAAAUCGAAUCAGAGGCAGGCCCUUAUGAGAUUCAGUAUGAUGAAGAAUGGUUAGCCAUAACAAGGAGGUUCAACUCUAUAUUCCCGCUGACACCCAAGGGUGCAGAUUUCAGAGGUGUGAAUCUUGAGAUGGAUGAUUGUCGCCAAUGGGUUAGAAGCAGGUUACAACAGAGAGGGUGCAAACCUUUUGAAUUUGUUAAAACUGCUCCGUGUUAUGAUCCUUCUCAAUCCAAUUUUCAUGGUUCUUUUGCUGGUUGUCCUCGGAAUCCUCAAACAGAAUCUCUUUUACAGUUUCUUGACCUUCCAUACCUCCUUGAUAAGAAUCCUGAAUCAACUGACUUGUCACCUUAUCCUUCUCGCUCCAUUGGAAGAGUCUCUUCUCUUUUUGUCUUUUCUUUUGUAGAUGGCCUCUCUUUCAACUUCUAUGCAGCUUCAUGCCCUUCAGCUGAGUUCAUCAUAAGGGACAUAGUUACCUCUUCCUCUUCCAAUGAUCCUUCCAUUCCAGGAAAGCUCCUCCGCUUGGUUUUCCAUGAUUGCUUUGUGGAGGGAUGCGAUGCAUCUUUGAUGCUAAUUGGGAACAAUACUGAGCAAACUGAUCCAGGAAAUAGGUCUGUUGGUGGAUAUUCAGUUAUAGAAUCAGCAAAAAAAGUCCUUGAGAUGCUUUGCCCUGAAACUGUUUCUUGUGCGGAUAUCAUUGCUCUUGCAGCCAGAGAUGCCGUUGGAAUUGCUGGUGGACCAAUGGUUCAAAUUCCCACAGGAAGAAGAGAUGGGAUGGUUUCGCUUGCUUCGAAUGUCAGGCCGAACAUCGUGGACACAAGUUUUACAAUGGAUGAGAUGGUUAAGCUUUUCACAUCUAAAGGAUUGUCUGUUCUUGAUCUUGUCAUUCUUUCAGUCUUUGCAGGAGCUCACACCAUCGGAGUGGCUCAUUGCAACGCAUUCAGAGGCCGAUUCCAAGAAGACACGAAGGGACGGUUCACGCUCAUCGACAAGACUCUGGACAGUAACUAUGCUGUUGAGCUAAUGAAACAGUGUCCAGUAAGUGCAAUGGCAUCUGCUACAGUGAACAAUGAUCCUGAAACACCUAUGGUCUUUGACAACCAGUACUAUCGGAAUCUCUUGGUGCACAAAGGGCUUUUCCAGUCAGAUUCUGCUUUGCUGAAUGAAAACAGCACAAGAACAAUGGUGAAGGAUUUUGCAAACAAUCAAGAACUUUUCUUUGUAAAUUGGAGCCAAGCUUUCUUGAAGCUCACAAGUGUUGGAGUGAAAACAGGGAAUGAGGGUGAAAUUAGACGUACUUGUGCAUCAACUAAUGCAUAAGGAAUGAAAAGUGGUUGUACAGACAAACAUGGUUCUCUAUGCAUAAAGACAAACAGCUUUUCUACAA